UGAUCUAUUCGAAUGGAACCGGUUUAGUUGGCCCGAGGAUGGGCGGCGACUCGUCACCUACUCACCUCAUAAUUCGCAGACUAUCACGAGAACCAUCCUGCGGUAGUCAGUUAUAAAAACACAUCCUCCGACCGCGGGUAUCUCACGCGGAACCAUUUAUUUAUUUACGAAAAAUAUUAAAUUAAAAUGAGUUUGUAUCCAGUUUUUUUGGUGGUGCUCUGCGUGUGUUCGAGUCACGGACAUUUGGGUAGAGGUUUGCUCGGUGGGAUCUUCGGACAAGUGACGGGAGAGAUUAAUAAAGUGGCAUCGACAGUGACGAAUGUGCUGGCUCACGGAGGGAACCUGCACGUCGAGGGGCAUGUGAGCCACCAGCACGGGCAGGGGCCGCCCCCGGGCCAUGGCCAGCCCCCGUUCGGACCCCCGCCAGGCCCCCAUGGACCCAUCGUCAAACCCCAUGGAGACACCGUCGUAGUGAUCGUCCAAGAGAAACCCAACGACUACGGCCAUGGACAAGGACCAGGGUAUCAGAAGCCGAACGGAGGUUACAAGCCGGGACAGCAGCACCGCCCUGGACAACACGGGAACAACCAACAUGGUGGCGGAUACGGAGGACACGGUGGACAGAAUAAUAAUGGUUACGGUGGACAGAAUAAUAAUGGAUACGGUGGACAGAAUACUAACGGCUACGGUGGACAAAGUAAUCAUGGAUACGGUGGACAAAGUACUAACGGAUACGGUGGACAAAGUAAUAAUGGAUACGGUGGACAAAGUACUAACGGAUACGGUGGAUCUAGUACCAAUGGAUACGGUGGACAAAAUGGUUACGGCAACCAGGGAUAUGGUGGACAAAAUAAUAAUGGAUUUGGGGAGAAUCAAAACCAAGGUAAUAAUGGACAAAACAACAAUGAAUACAAUGGGCAAAAUGGUUUCGGUGGACAGCAGAAUGGGUAUAAUGGCAAUCAAAAUAGUGGUUACGGUGGCCAGCAGAAUAACGGAUUUGGUGGAAAUAAACCGGGUUUCGGUGGAAAUAAACCGGGUUUUGGUGGAAAUAAGCCAGGUUACGGUGGACAAAACAAUAAUGCAGGACAAAACAACAAUGGUAACGAGGGUCAGGGUAGUUUUGGAGGCUCCAACAACGGCGAAGGAGGCCAGCAUCAUAGUGGACAGGAGAACAACGGGUUUAAUCAACAAGGACAUGGAAGCUUUGGUCAAAAUUCUGAACCGUCCACUGAUUUCCCAGCGACUAAUCAAAAUAACGGGUUUAAUCCGGUCUGGCAAGGUAAUAAUAACAAAGAAGAUUUCAACAAAGUCACUGAAAAGCCGAAGCCAUACCAGCACACAACAACAACAACAAAAAAUCCUGCCGAUAAUAAUCCAUUUUUCGUGCCUUUAUUACCUAACGAUUAUACAUACGGAGGAGAUAAAAUUACUGUUAACGAGCCCAAACGAGAAACACAAACAAAUAAACCAGCUGAAAAUGACGAGGAAUUUCCUAUCGAUAUUAGAUUUAAGGAUGAAUAAAGUAGAGAUUAAUUAUUCCGUAGCCUCUAGGUAUUGACGUAAGUAGGUAGGCGCCUAUCUAAUUAAGUAACUUAAAAAAGGUAAACAUACAACUAUAACAUCUGAUCUAAUCUGAAGCGUGUCUUAACUAACUACCAAAAUAUACCUGCCUACUUUUGUAUAAGUUACUUACCAACAUUAUUUAGUAAAUUAUUUAUGUAAAUGUGA